UGGCCUACAUACCCCAUGGUGCUGUGCGGCGCAGGCCGCCUCCCGGAUGUGUGCCUGGCGCCGGAAGAGAAGGCGGCCCCCCUCUCUCGGCCCGGCCAUCUUGUGGGAAGAGCUGAAGCAGGCGCUUUUGGCUCGGCGCGGUCCGCUGCAAUCCGUGGAGGAACGCGCCGCCGAGCCACCAUCAUGCCUGGGCACCUACAGGAAGGGUUCGGCUGCGUGGUCACCAACCGAUUCGACCAGCUAUUUGACGACGAAUCGGACCCUUUCGAGGUACUGAAGGCAGCAGAGAACAAGAAAAAAGAAGCCGGCGGGGGCGGCGUUGGGGGCCCCGGGGCCAAGAGCGCCGCUCAGGCCGCAGCCCAGACCAACUCCAGCGCGGCGGGCAAACAGUUGCGUAAAGAGUCCCAGAAAGAUCGCAAGAACCCGCUGCCCGCCAGCGUCGGCGUGGCUGACAAAAAGGAGGACACGCAGCCGCCGGUGGCGCUUAAGAAAGAAGGAAUAAGGCGAGUUGGAAGAAGACCUGAUCAACAACUUCAGGGUGAAGGAAAAAUAAUUGAUAGGAGACCAGAAAGGCGACCACCUCGGGAAAGAAGAUUUGAAAAGCCACUUGAAGAAAAGGGUGAAGGAGGUGAAUUUUCAGUUGAUAGACCGAUUAUUGAACGGCCUAUCCGAGGCCGAGGUGGUCUUGGAAGGGGUCGAGGUGGCCGUGGACGUGGAAUGGGCCGAGGCGAUGGAUUUGAUUCUCGUGGCAAACGUGAAUUUGAUAGACAUAGCGGGAGUGAUAGAUCUUCUUUUUCGCAUUACAGUGGCCUGAAGCAUGAGGACAAACGUGGAGGUAGCGGAUCUCACAACUGGGGAACUGUCAAAGAUGAAUUAACAGAGUCUCCCAAAUACAUUCAGAAACAAAUAUCUUAUAAUUGCAGUGAUUUGGAUCAAUCAAAUGUGACUGAGGAAACACCUGAAGGUGAAGAGCACCCAGUGGCAGACACUGAGAAUAAGGAGAAUGAAGUUGAAGAGGUUAAGGAAGAGGGUCCAAAAGAGAUGACUUUGGAUGAGUGGAAAGCUAUUCAAAAUAAAGACCGAGCAAAAGUAGAGUUUAAUAUCCGAAAACCAAAUGAAGGUGCUGAUGGACAAUGGAAAAAGGGAUUUGUUCUGCAUAAAUCAAAAAGUGAAGAGGCUCAUGCUGAAGAUUCGGUCAUGGACCAUCAUUUCCGGAAGCCAGCAAAUGAUAUAACGUCUCAACUAGAGAUCAAUUUUGGAGACUUAGGCCGCCCAGGACGUGGUGGCAGGGGCGGACGUGGUGGACGUGGUCGUGGUGGACGUCCAAACCGUGGCAGCAGGACUGAUAAGUCAAGUGCUUCUGCUCCUGAUGUAGAUGACCCAGAGGCAUUCCCAGCUCUGGCCUAACUGGAUGCCAUAAUACAACACUGGUUCCUUGUGGACCCUCCUGUUGAAAGCUUUUGCAUGCUUAAGGAUCCCAAACAACUAAGAAUUAAAAAAAAAAAAAAAGACUGUCAUUCAUACCAUUCACACCUAAAGACUGAAUUUUAUCUGUUUUGAAAACGAACUUCUCUAGCUACACAGAAGUAACAAAUAUGUUAGUCAGUUUUGUAUUUAGAAAUGUAUUGGUAGCAGGGAUGUUUUCAUAAUUUUCAGAGAUUAUGCAUUCUUCAUGAAUACUUUUGUAUUGCUGCUUGCAAAUAUGCAUUUCCAAACUUGAAAUAUAGGUGUGAACAGUGUGUACCAGUUUAAAGGUUUCACUUCAUUUGUGUUUUUAAUUAAGGGUUUAGAUGUUCCCUCAAUUACAAGCCGGUCUUAAAUAUUAGACAAAAUACUGGUUAUAAUAUCUGCUUUGCCUUUUCACACAUGUCAACUGGGACAUGUAAACUUCUGAUUUACCAGACUUUGUGCUCCAUGGAAUACUAACCACUAUGUAUUUUAACUAUAUAUUUUUAUUUGGGAGUUGGCAUUCUCCCCCCCCCCCCACAUCUUAUGAUAGUUGAUAUAUACUAAAUCUUUAUACAGAAUUAUCAGUACUUGAAUGAAUUCAAAACACAUUGGUUUUUUAACUCUUGAGUCAUGCAUGGUUUAUUAGAUUCGAAUUAUACCUGAUUCACCUAUAUUUACUUUUAAAAUGCGUGGCUUCCUCAUUUUAAAAGUAAAACUAAACACUGCUUUUGGAA